UGGUAGUAUUCAUUUAAUUAAGAGCUCACCUUAUUUUGAAAAUAUUUUUGUAAGCAAAGAAGAGCGAGAUUGCAUGGGAAUUAAAGUAUGCCAUUUUACUGAUCCUUCAUUAAUAAAUAUUGAAUAUAAUAAAGUUGAUAUCAAGUCUUCAAAAGUAUAUGAA